AUGAGCAAGUCAACCGUAGGAAGACGUGCUGGUAAAGCCAUGGCCAAGAUGAGCGAUGAACUAAAGGAUGAAGACGCACCACCGCCUCAAGUGCCUCCAAAAACGAUGCAAAAAACGCGUCCAAAAGCAGAUAAAUCAAAAUCGUCAUUCUGUGAUGCACCAGCCAUGUUCACCGCCCUUCUUGUCAUUUUUGCAAUUCUGUUGCCAUUCUGGGUCAAUGGCGACCAUCUCAGACUACGAGAAGGCCGUGCUGCAGUUCCUACUAGAACUGGGUCUUGGGCUGUUAUUAUGGUGGAUACAAGGGCAGUCUGUGCACAAUCGGGCGUACUGCCCAACAACCACCUUUUCUGUCUGGAACGACCUCACCUGCCUCCAUAUCCGCCUAACCAAAACCUCUUCAAAUCGGCAACAUCAAUCGACACCAUGGUCGAUAUCAACGUUGGCAAGUCCACACCAACUGCGUCAAUUAUCCGCGUAACUCAGAACGCGUAUGGAUCUGGCAUGGCACAGUUUGGAAACGGAUCGAUUGCUAUUAUUGGCGGUGAUUCGUACAAUAUUGGAACGUAUACUACUGAUGGAAGACUUGCCAAGAGGGUAUUGAAUCCCUGUAUUACGGGGUGUACAGUUGGAAGCAUAGCUGCUGUAGGACCAAUGUCCAGUCCUCGAUGGUUUCCGACGGUUGUUACUAUGGUUGAUGGAAGUGUGAUGAUUAUUGGAGGAAAUUCGUUUUCAGUUGACGCUGCUACAUCCAGCGUGACAGACUUGAACCCAACAUACGAAUACCACCCAGCAAAGGCCGCAGGGCCCAUUACACUCAACGUCUUGAGCUCUCUCUUCCCAUUCUCACUACGACCUUGGGCCUGCAUCCUUCCCUCUGGUCGUGUAUUCGUGCACGUUGGAAGUAAUUCGGUUCUCAUUGAUCCAACAACCGAUACAGUCGACUCGACGACCAUUCCUGCAUUUUCUACGGCGACGCAAAGGACGAGAGAUUAUCCGUAUACUGCAGCUGUCGUCUUAUUGCCAUUAACUCUUGCAAACGGCUAUACGACAACCAUUCUUGUUUGUGGAGGCGUACUGAAAUCCAGCAACCCGGAUUCGAAUCCUGGCACCGAUUUGACUGCUUCGAACUUUUGUAACAUCCUCAAUCCCGAUGCUGUUAGUCCUUCUUGGACUGCUGUAGAUCCCAUGCCCAACGCGCGAGUGAUGGCUGAUGCCACAUUAUUGCCUGACGGAACUGUCCUGUUCACCAACGGAGCUUCAUAUGGAAUGGCUGGUGGAGUAGCUGGAUCAGGUACAGGUGCUCAACCUGUAUUAGGAGCUGACUUGUUUGAUCCAACUGCUCCAGCUGGAUCACAAUGGACUAGUUUAGCUGCUGCUACCGUUCCGCGUCUCUACGCCUCUGGCUCUCUCCUGUUGGCUGACGGUCGAGUCGUCACUGUUGGAUCAGACAAUCAGAACUGGAACGACGCCGUCACAUUCGGCGCGACAUGUACCGUCGCUCUUAACUGUACUGAUCCAUUUGAAUACCGGAUGGAAGCGUUCUCGCCACCAUACCUAUCUCUCGGCACGCGCCCCGUAAUAUCCUCUGUCCAAACCCCACUCACAUACGGCACCGUCUUCUUUAUAAAGUACUCUGGAGCUACCAGCAUCUCGAUGGUCACUCUAGUCCGCUACUCCACAACAGCAGCAUCAGUAAACACUGACCAACGAACAAUCCAACUGAGCAUCACGUCUCAGCAAACAGGAGUCGUGUUUGUUGCUUCACCGUUUAGCGGCAUGAUUGCUCCUCCAGGACACUACCAUCUGUUUAUUCUGGCUGGUGGGGUACCGUCGGUAGCCUCCAUGAUUACACUGCCACCGACUUCUUCUAAUGGAACUGUCAUUGUUGAGAGUCCUGCACCGUCUGCAGGUGCAAGUCCGGCUAGUGCUGCAUCACCGUCUGCAGCGGCUGCUGGUAGUGGUGGUGCUACAGCUGCGAAGUUCUUGAGUGCUGGUAUGAAGAGAGCGUAUAAUCCGUGGGGUAUCUUGAACGUGAUGUGA